AUCAAUAUUGAAUGGCAUAUCUUGAGUGACUCCGCACAGGGAAGGCCGGCGUUUGAGUUCCUGUAUAGCUAGCUAAGGUAUAUAUAUUUAUUCGCACCCUACAAACAAUUCUCGCGUAUAGCUACCGCGACUUUAUAACUAAAGUCAUCGUCUUGCUGUAUUCUAGGCAUCCGCCAAUGUCGUGCGUCUUACUGACCAUAUUUAGCUAACCUUGAACCUGCAUGGUCGUUAUUUUUGCAAAUGCCGCCCCGCGUACGCCCUUCCCUGCGCUAAACCGCUAGUGAACAAGCCGCGGAGAAUCAGACAGAAUGGAAUAUACUUCUAACAACAACUCUUUAGAGGAAGGAUGUCAUAUUAAGUGCCACAUGGAAGCAAAUGAGAGAGGAGAGUUUGACGUGGUGGCGGCACUAAGGCUCAUUACGUCUUCCUUGAGUAUCACUGGGGCACUAUCCAUCGUUGCUUCGGUUGUGUACCGAAAAACUGUCUGCAAUCCAAAAGUCCACCCCAUAUUUGUCCUGUCAAUUGUGGACACUCUGCUGAGUGCACUGUGGAUCAGUGGAGCACUGGUGUGGCUGAAAGGAGGUGUUGAACAUCAUCCUCGUCUAAGAGUUGGCUGCUUUACCAUCACAUGCAUGACUGUUAUGGUCCAACAGAGACCAGUAUCUUUCCAUGUGUGGCCACCUCUCUGCUCUUUCACUGCCUACUUCAUUGCCUGGACUCUACCUGUUUCUUUGAUCGUGAUUCUAUUCGGAGUAAUAGCUCAACAGUACGAAAUAGUCGACAAAGCCAAAGACUGUUCCUGCUGGUGCUUGCCAUUCUACGGGAACGUACUUCCUCGACCAAAUAUAGGUUUCCACAAUGGAAAACAAGGAGACAAGUACUUGCUCCAUUUGCACUACUUCAUAGUAUCCUAUGCUGCAGUUCUCAUUAGCAACUUUGUUAUUGUGCUCAGCUGUAUGGCAGUGACCUAUUACAAGAUUUUUCGUCGAAUAAAACGAAUGAUAGUGACACAAGAGAACAAUGAGAACACUCCUCUCUAUGGAGCCACUCGUGCCAUGAUUCUCGCUGGACAGAAAGAUGCAAAGAAGAGAGUUUUCCUCUUUUUCUCUGUUUUCUUUGUUACAGGAUUCGUCACGUUUGCAUUUGGAAUAGGGUUAUUUCCAAAGCUUCAUAACAACUUUUACAAAGGAGAGAACGCUAUAUACAUUACCCUUAUCUUUGAGGCAAUAUUUGUACCAUCUCAAGGAUUUAUGAAUGCCCUGGUAUAUGGCUGGACUCGUGGAGAUUUCCUGAGUGUAAUGUCGACACGACGACACAACAGAACACCGUCUGACUCUGUUGGCACCUCCUAUGAAGGAAUGGAAAAGGAGGAGGAGGAGGAAGAGACAGAGGUGGAGGAUGAGAGAGAGGACAGGGAGAGAGGGUUCCACCCAGAGAACUCCUUCCUCUCCUCCUUCAGCUGAACUCACCAACAAUACAACUGACUGUAAAUUGCAAUAAUCAACAGUGACAUCCAAGUAUAAUAUAUACUUCCCAUAAUGGCAUAUUUGAGAGUUGUGCCUUAAGCACCCAGCAAGACAUAACAGUGUCUCAAGUAAAAGUUCCGUUUCCAAUUUUCAUAUUUUGUUUGAUUUCCAUGAAAUACUCAGCACUUUCAUGUCAUUUUGCAAUUGAUUUA